CAUAAGCUAGACGUUGUGACGUGAACAUCGACUGGCAUUCCCCACAGUUUAAAAUCUCGUGAAUAAUAAUCAUCUGCUUUUCGACCACUGUUUACACCAACAAGUCCUUGAACACACGUUUAUCAUGACCGUGAGAUAUCACGAACCCUCGUCAGUUUGUAAAACUAGUGAGAAAUCGUAGGCGAGAACUCAUUAAUAUACAAGUGACGAGGGAAUUGUUCACUCACUCUUCAGGGCGUUCAAAAUGAAUGCUGGAUCAAUUGCGAUCUCUUUCUGAUGAUAGUGGAACUCCGUCAUUCCCCAGCUUACACAGGCCUACAACUGAAAAUGGUCAAAUGGUAUUUUUCGGGAGGAUAAGAAUAAAUCUAAGAAAAGGAGUAUCAACUCCAGGAAAAUUCAGCUGUGAAGCAGACACUUAGAUGGCUGCACUACAACACGGUGCCUCAACAAGAUGCUCAGGUGUGCCGAGAAACCCGGCGCAGUGGAAUGUUCAAGUAGUGAAGAGCAAGGUGAACAAGAGGUGCUUCUGGAAUGCCUGCAAAGCGCUGUCGUUCGGUCUGCUGCUCAUGCUGAUUGGAGCCUCCAUGGCAACCAUAGGUUAUUACGCUGAUCAGAUAUCAGUGGAGCAAGAGAUGAGAGGAAAUAGCACAGUGCACAUCAAACCGGAUACAAGGGUGUUGCAUCUCAACAAUUUGUCCUAUGCUGGCCCUAUUGUGAUGGGAGUCGGAGGAUUCAUAGUGGUAGCUGCCUGUGUGAUGACAUUCGAAGCAAGAGAUAGUGCUGCAAAAAUAGUUCCAACAAGACCCAAGUACUCGUCACUGCAUCCACACCGUUUGCCAAAGCCAAGUCCAGGCGCCACCAGUAAGUUGCACUCAUCUCUGCGCUCUGACGUCGGCCGACGCAGCACGGGUCCAGGGCCAGGAGGGCCGGCCUCACAGGGGCGCCAAUGGGAGACGGCUUCAGUGUUCCGCGUUGGCUCAGGCUCGCCCAUGGCCACAGAUGCUCUCAGCAGGAGAGCCAUGACAGCAGCUUUCAUACAAUUCUCCAGGACUCUCCAACAGGCGGAAAUAGACCGGCAAACGUUGGGACCACAAUCACCUCUCAGCAAAAGUCCAUCAGCUCCAAACUUAGCCGAGAACAAUAAACCCCAACCGGCGUUAUCGCCUCACUUGGGAAAGUUGUAUGUCUCUCCAAAAAUAAAACAGAAGAAGACUAGAAACUCAUUACACCCUGAUGGUGGAGGGUGCUCACUUCUGAGUCCCCAUGCUCUUCUCAAAAGACAAGCACUCUCCAUGGAUAACCCAGACUAUAGUAUAUACUUUCCUACUCCAAGACCACAACAGCUCCCUGAGAAUGAUAACCGGAAAGGGAGUGGUGAGAGUAAAGACUCUUUAGAUUUGGAGCUGGGAACGAAUGCUUGCACAGCUCGUGGUUCUCAAGCAUCCAUGGCGAUGGAUCUGCAUCUACCAAACGACUGCCCAGUAACUCUAAGAGUGAAAGAUAGAACCAGAAGGUCCGACACUGCUAAAAGACAUGUAUUCACCAGACAACAGCAAGUUGAAAAUGCUGAAGAAGAGAUAUCUAUUGACCGUAGGGAUACCCAUUCAUGUAGUCCUCGUUUGCCUGGAUCCUGCUACAAAGGCUUCGAUGAGAUCCGGCCCUACUACUCACGAUCAACACCACACAGUCGACGAGAGUCAAUGACAAAGAGCAGUUAUCAUGCUCUCAGAGCAAAUACAACCGAAGAACAGCCAAAUCCAAGAUCUAGAUCUAACACAAAUGAGUCUCUGCCAUCGAGACGCAGCUCUGGAACAAGGAGAAGGAAACGAUAUUCGAGAUCAAAUACUGUGGAUGAUAGAAAAAGGAGAGGAUCGAACCAAUCAGACUCUUGUCGGAGAGAAUCGUCUCAUUCACUACGAGUACCAAACAGAAGAGCUCAUCUUGAGCCUCAGGUAUCUUCGACAUCCGGGAAGUCAUUGCCGGAGUCCUAUGAGCAUGCAGACUACAAUGUGAAUAUUGGAGGCAGUGUGUCUGCUGAGCAUACACCAUUCCUCCUCUCACCAGAUGAUCAUUACAGUAGAAGGUCUCUCCCAGUGGCCUCCAAUAGCACUGCAGAGCAAUGUGAGAGCCAUACAAUUGAUGUUCCAGAAUGCUUGAUACCUGCUGACAAGGCACCCACUUGUUCAACAGAGGUUGUCUUGGACUAUGAGGAGAAGGGUGAGUGAGGUUAACGGUCACAUCAAUGAGCAAUCAAUUUGAAAAGGCAAUAGAGCAGUCUACGCUGCAAUGUUGUGAGUAGAAGAGUUGAAAAGAUUUAGAUUGCCUGGUUUACAUGUUAGCCUGGUAAGCUAACAUGUGAAGAUAGAGUUGUACAAGUUACUCAAUGAUAGUUUAGAAGUCUGGAGUAUUUCAACUGAUAUUAGAGCAGUUGUAGAGAUUGAAUCAAUCAUGAUGGAACAAGUAGAGUGUAGGAUAAUUUUUGUACUUUUCAAAUAAUAUUAUGAUAGAAUAUGUUUCUGGAAUUCAAGUCAGUAGCUGAAGUAUUCCGAUGGAGAAUUUGGAAGAUGAGUCGUAGGCCUACUCUUUAGAACCAGUCAACACAAAAACAUUAGAAUAAAAAAAAGUAGGUGCCGUACUAUUUUUUUCGGUAAAUUAUGAAUUUCUUCAAUUUAUUAAAGUCAAUUCCAAAAACCCACUUCGACAAAUCAAGCCUUUUCAAGUCUCAUCUAUUUAGCCAGGAAGAGGAGCUUACCAAUAGAAUCACUAACUCUAGGUUGAUCUAAUAAAAUUGAGUUAUUUCUCUGAUCAAUGUAGCUCCAUAUUAUGCAGUACGGUACUUGAUACAUAGGAAUAGAUUUUGUCUUUUUUUCUCUUGGCCUACUCUUAAAAAUAAAUAGAAAUUAGAAAUCCAAGUACCCUUUUAAAAUUGUUCAAACACGACAUGUUUUCGGCUAGAUAAUGCCAUUAUCAAGUCAAAAAAAUAUUGUUCAAUUUUAGAAGAAAUAGAAUGGCAAUAAAUUUUAUUUUUUAACUUAUACAAUUAAUGAAAAUUACUUUUGUCCAAAUAAUAAGGCUAAUGUGAGCUUAAAUAAUUCCAUGAAGAAAUGUCUUAGAUUCUUACAGUGCCUACAGACCUAAGCGUCACAAACAAGCGCAUCUUGAUUUUCAUCAGCGUAGCAUAUUAUAACUGUGUUUGUACAAAAACAGUAAGAUACAGGUAUAAUAAGCAUAAGCUGAUAAAAAGUCUAAUGCUCGUGUUCGUGGUGCAUAAGUCUGUACGCACCUUCAGAUGUCAUGAAAUCAUGAAUGCACUACCUAGUAGAUUUUAAAGAGAAAAUUUAUUAUGACAAUGUAAAUAUAAUAAUGAUCACUUCAACUGUGAAUAAAUUGCAUUUAAUCAUAAACUAUUCAAGUCAAAUGUUUUCAAAAUGGGAGUGCGCCUGCGCCCUCCUGAUUCAAGAAUUAUCAAGGAAAAUUGAUUGAAAAUAAUGUUAAAUUGACGUAUUUUACAGGCUCAUGAUAAUACCAUUAUAAAUCAUUAUUGUCACACGCAUUUAUUGAACGAUCAAUAGCUUACCUAUACAUGAUGCCCCAAGUAUAAGUGAUCAAUGAUAGAGGAAUCUGAAGAGGAUGAUUUAGGGCCGGUUUCCGGGCUCGGGAUUUAGCUAAGUUCUUGACUUUGAACAGCUGGAGUCAGAGAAUUGACUUUCCAAAACGGGGCGUAGUCGCAGUCCACGUUUAAACUAAAUUUCGAAAAAAAACUAGAAAAUUGAACACAAGAAAAAUAAAGAGAAAAUAGUGUAAAGUUUCAGCUAUUUUGAAUUAUUCAGGAAUAUUUCAUUUCGUCAAGGAAAAACGUUCCCAAUUAUAGAAAUGAGAAGAAUAAAGAUUUAUUUUGCUGCGACUACGCCCCGUUUUGGAAAACCAAUUUUCUGACUCCAACUGUUUAAAGUCAAGAAGUUACCUAAAUCCCGAGCUCGGAAACCGGCCCUUAAUAUGAAGCACAUCAUGGUUUUUGAUGUCUUCUAAUAAGGUAGAAUUGGAAUAAGAAUGAGUGUUUCCACCAGUCCGACAUUCUAGAUCCCUGCCAAGUAGGGUGGCAGAUAAGAUUUUAGGCUUCAAAGGGUGGGCAAUGUUUGAGAAUCACUAAUCAAGAGAUAUAGCCUACACCUAGAAUAGUUUAUAUAGACCUAUUACAUAACGUAAACAUGUAAAAGUAAGUUAAGUCUACUAAAAUUCAAAAUAGCACUAAACUGUAUGUAUAAAAGUGUUCAUAAUUCAGUUUAUACUCAGCAUUCAUAAAAGUGUCUAGUAAUGCUCACGCAAAGGAAAUUUGGAAAUAAAAUUGCUAAGCGAGAUAUAAACUGUGAUAUUGUUGUUUCACUGUAUAAACGUACUGUUCUUGUUAUCGAUGUUGUUGAUGUUAUUUGUAUGUUUUACAUGUUGAGUAGACAGACACUCAUGUACUAUAGAAAUAAACAUGUACUUAUCAAUGA